CUCCUUCUUCUCCUCCUCCUCCUCCUCCUCUGGUUCCAUUCCAUCUAAUCUCUGUGGGAACCUCAGCUCCAUAUUUUCCUUCUUCCUCAUUCCUCAUUAGUGGAGGAGGCUGGAAACGCUCUGAACAAGAGGGAGGAGAAAAGUCUGGACACAAACACCAGGAAACUCCAGCCUGUUCGUCCAAGAAAAGAGGAGGAAAAACACCAGGAAACUCCAGCCUGUUCGUCCAAGAAAAGAGGAGAAAAACACCAGGAAACUCCAGCCUGUUCGUCCAAGAAAAGAGGAGAAAAACACCAGGAAACUCCAGCCUGUUCGUCCAAGAAAAGAGGAGGGAAGUCUGGACACAAAUCCAAGGAAACACCAGCCUGUUCCUCCUUCUACGGUUCAGACGCUGUGGUUCCACUUGUGAAUAUUUGCCUCUGGCGACUCUUCUGUUCACGUACAGACUCUUUUAUGAAACCAGGACUGAGCUGCACAGCUGUGGAACAGGACCAGGACCAGGACCAGGGGGACACAGUGUUAGAAGGUUCCAGAAAAGUCACCAUUAGACAAACCAACGGUUGAACAACAGACAGGAUGGCCACAGCCGUUUACCAGGUGUCUUCAUCCUGUGUUCCACCUUCUAAUUAUCAGCUGGCUCCCAGUCCUGAAGUCCCGCUCAGGUGUGACGUAGGUGUGAUGGGUUCAACCAAAUCUUCAAAGAGCAUGGACUCCAGGCGGAAAACCUCCAGGAGUUCCAGUCUUCAGGUCCUAGAGGAGAACUAUGACCUGGACCUGGUCUACGUCACAGAAAGGAUCAUCUGUGUGUCGUUCCCCAGCGUCGUAGAAGAAAACAGCUACAGCUGCAACCUGAGAGAGGUGGCGUCCAUGCUGAGGUCCAAACACGGACACAACUACCUGCUUUUCAACCUCAGUGAGAAACGAUCUGACAUCAACCAGCUGCAUCCAAAGGUUCUGGACUGUGGUUGGCCGGACCACCAUGCUCCUGCUCUGGAGAAAGUCUGCACCAUCUGUAAGGCCAUGGACACCUGGAUGAGCGCUGACACUCACAACGUGGUGGUUCUACACAACCAGGGGAACCGGGGCAGAACCGGUGUGGUGGUGGCGGCCUACAUGCAUUAUAGUCAUAUGUCUGGAAGUGCCGACCAGGCUCUGGACCGGUUCGCCAUGAAGCGCUUCUAUGAGGACAAAGUACUUCCUGUGAGUCAACCUUCUCAGAAAAGGUAUGUGGGGUACUUCAGUGGUCUCCUGUCUGGACAGAUCCAGAUCAACAACAAACCGCUGUUCCUGCACCACGUCCUCCUGCACGGAGUACCUGACUGCGAGUACCAAGGAGGUUGUCGUCCUUUCCUGAAGAUCUACCAGGCCAUGCAUCCGGUCUACACAUCUGGGAUCUAUAAUGUUCAUGGGGAUGGUCAGACCAGCAUCUGCAUCACUAUUGAACCUGGUCUACUCCUGAAAGGGGACAUCCUGCUCAAAUGCUACCACAAGCGUUUCCACAGUCGAAGCAGAGACGUCAUCUUCCGUGUGCAGUUCCACACCUGCGCCGUCCACGACCUGGGGAUGACCUUUGGAAAAGACGAACUGGAUGAAACAUUCAGAGAUGACAGAUUCCCAGAACACGGACGAGUGGAGUUCAUUUUCUCCUUUGGACCCGAGAAAAUCUACGUGAAACACACACAGACACAGGGAAAACACCACGACUGA